CUUCACGUAAUAUAGUCACAAGACCUCUCAGCUGAGGCAGCCCUGUUAAUUUUUCUCUUUUCCAAAAAAUAGUUCCAAUUUAAAAAGUUUUAAAUUGCUAUCAAGUUUUUCUUCGUGCAUUAUAAUAGCCAAAAUGGCUAACAUUAACGUAGAAAACGUUAGCAAACUUAUCCCUACACUUGGGGACGAUAAAAUCGAUAUGAUUGCGGCUACUAGCGUGUUACAAAUAAGGGCUAGUGAAAUUCGCCAAACCCAGAUCAACUGGCAGUCUUACUUGCAGUCCCAGAUGAUCACUCAGCGUGAUCAUGAUUAUAUAGUGAAUUUAGACCAGCGUGGUCAGAAGAAUUUGCCAGACCAAAACCCCGAAACCUGUGCAGAUGUCUUCCUCAAUCUGAUCACCCACAUCUCCAAGGAUAAUACUAUCCAGUACAUCCUUGUCCUAAUUGACGAUAUUCUAUCUGAAGAUAAGUCGAGGGUGAAGAUUUUCCGUGAAUCCAGACAUGGUAGUGUCUGGCAACCAUUCUUAAACCUGUUGAACCGUCAAGAUGAAUUUGUACAACAUAUGACUGCUCGUAUUAUUGCCAAGCUUGCAUGCUGGCACUCAAGUCUCAUGGAAAAGAGUGACUUACAUUUCUAUCUGUCUUGGCUGAAGGACCAACUGAAAAUGAAUGCGGAGAAAGUGUCUGCCGAGUUAGAGCAUGCUGAGCAGGUUAUGUUGCUGCACGAGAAACAGCAUUUCGCCGCCGAUAAGCCCAAGCACAAGGAGAGGGACCAUGAGGCAGCCCACGAGAAAUAUUCGAGUCUUUACAGCUCUUUUGAUGAAGCCAAAACUCAUGAGGAAUUGUUGCCCGGUCUACAUAAGAACAAUGACUACAUCCAGUCGGUGGCCCGCUGUCUCCAGAUGAUGCUCCGUGUGGAUGAGUACCGCUUUGCCUUCUUGUCUGUUGAUGGCAUAUCGACUCUCCUCUCCAUCCUCGCGUCCAGAGUUAAUUUCCAGGUGCAAUACCAAUUGGUAUUCUGCCUGUGGGUGCUGACAUUCAACCCGCUGUUGGCGGAGAAGAUGAACAAGUUCAAUGCCAUUCCGAUCCUUGCCGACAUCCUGAGCGACUCCGUCAAGGAGAAGGUCACACGCAUCGUCCUUGCUGUUUUCAGGAACCUUAUUGAGAAGCCUGAAGAUCACCAGGUAGCGAAAGAGCACUGCAUCGCGAUGGUGCAAUGCAAGGUGCUGAAACAGCUGUCGAUCCUAGAGCAGAAGCGCUCGGACGACGAGGACAUCAUGAACGACGUGGACUUCCUCAACGAGCGCCUGCAGGCCUCCGUGCAGGACCUCAGCUCUUUCGACCAGUACGCCACCGAAGUCAAGAGCGGCCGCCUGGAAUGGUCUCCGGUGCACAAGUCGGCGAAGUUCUGGCGCGAGAACGCGGCGCGGCUGAACGAGCGCGGGCAGGAGCUGCUGCGCACGCUGGUACAUCUGCUGGAGAAGAGCCGCGACCCAGUCGUACUCGCUGUUGCCUGCUACGACGUCGGCGAAUACGUGCGCCACUAUCCACGCGGCAAGCACAUUAUCGAGCAGCUGGGCGGCAAGCAGCGUGUUAUGUACCUGCUCAGCCACGAGGACCCUAACGUGCGCUACGAGGCCCUCCUCGCCGUGCAAAAGCUCAUGGUCCACAACUGGGAAUACCUUGGCAAGCAAUUGGAAAAGGAACAGAUCGACAAGCAGACUGGCGGCACCGCCGUGGGCGCUAAAGCCUAACUUGCUUCGUAUGUUAUGGAUUCAGAGUAUUUAAUUGUUGUUUGUUGGUCUUCAAAAUGGGCUUGGCAAUAGCAAUGUUUCAAAUGUAGGCCCCCAUAUAGUAUUACAAGUUGUAUAUAAGCCAUUUAUUUGAGAUAUUAUGUGUCAUACUCAACAGUACCAAAAAUACUGUUUAAAAGAACCUGUAUUACAUAGUUGUAAAUAAACGUAUAUAACUGUUGUAACCAGAUCACUA